AUCCAGUGCUACAGCUACCAAUCCAAGCCCCUUUUUUUGUCUUUUUCUGAACUGGCGGCCCUCGAAGCCAACUCGCUGGAACCGACGUACAAACCAAACCCCCAUCCAACAAUGGACCCUAGCAUCGGCUUUGACGAUCUGGAGUUUAGCCAGCAGACCAUCAGGACCGUUGUGGUGAAGUGCCACGAAGACAGCAUUGAGGUUACGGUGCGAGCGGAUCUCUUUGGCCUCGGGUUGCCUGUGGAGCCCAAGCACCUGAGUCUGGGGCCUGCCGACGAUCAGCAGGACUCCUGCAGGGUCGCGGUAUCCGAAGGUGGCCUGCACGCCAUCAGAGCCCCGCUGAACGGAUGUGGAACCAAAGUAAUGUUGACAGAGGACGCUGUUGUGUACACCAACGUGCUCCUGUACAAUCCUGUACCCCUGUCCCGGGAUGCUGUUUACAUGGAGGGCGCUUCCAUCCCAGUACGCUGUGAAUAUGGAAGGAGGUACAGCGUGAGUAGCAGCGCCCUGAGGCCUACCUGGAGUUCUCUCACCGCCACCCAGGCAACUCACCUUGACCUGGACUUCCACCUCAGGCUCAAGACAGGUGACUGGAGCCGCGAGAGGCAGUCAUCUGUCUACUAUCUGGGCGACAUGGUCAACAUGGAGGCCUCCGUGGACGUGGGAAAUCACCUUCCUCUCUCCCUGUAUGCAGACAGAUGUGUAGCUACUCUAGCCCCAGAUGUGAAUACCCUCCCUAGGUACUCCUUUAUAGACCACAAUGGGUGUUUCAUAGACUCCCAGCUGUCUGGCUUCGGCUCCCGUUUCCUGCCCCGCGUCCGGGACGAAGUCCUCCAGAUUCAGUUCCAGCCUUUCCUCUUUCACCAGGAUGUCAGAAACAACAUCUAUAUAACGUGUUACCUGGUCGCCGUGCCCAUUUCAAAGAAGGACCCGGUCAAGAAGGCCUGCUCUUACAUUGACGGGAGGUGGAGGUCAGUGGACGAUGACGACAGUAUCUGUGAGAGCUGUGGGAGGCAAGAGGAGACCAGUCACACCAUCGGAGCCAAACCAGCUGCUCACCACACUGACCAGCGGGGAACGCUGACAAGGAGAAGCCUGGAUACCAGAUGGGAGUUACACGAGAUGAUGACCACCCUGGGCCCUUUGGUGUUCCUUCCCCUGACAAGCUGGAAAACGUGGAAACCUCAUGUAGCUCAACUGGAAAACAAGAGAAUUAAAUAAAGACGGCAACCAGG